AACAAUAAAUAUAAUAUACUAAUCACUAAAAUCAAAACAUAUAAAUCAAAAGCUAAUUUUUAAUCGAUAAUUUUUGUUCAUUUGCUACUUUUCUUAUAGCUGAAUAGUUAUCCUUUCAGUUUGUUCAAUCAAUAAAUAAAAAAUGCUCUCCGUUAAUUCAGAUUUACAUAGUUCUUCUAACUAAUCAACUGAUUGAUGACUGAUGAAUAAUAUUUAUUCUAUUCUAUUCUAUAAUAUAAUUUUGCAUUAAAAGUUAAAUCAAUUGUAUUUUUGUAUCCAAUUUUACCCACCCUGAAUCAACUAUACCGCCAUAUUCCACAUUACUUUAUUCAAAUAAAUCCUAAUGAAGUAAAGCGUGUGAAAAUGUGAUGUCUCAAGUAGUUCAUGCUGAUGCUGGCGAUGAUGAUUCAAACAAAAGUCAUUCUUUAAGCUUUUUCAGAAAUAGGGGCCCCAUAAAUUCCAAUCUUAGCAUCUUUUUUACCUGUCACAUAGAGAUUUUGCUUCCUUCUGUUUUUCUUUAUAUAAGGAAACAAAACAGAGUUUAAGAAAGAAAUCUUGUGAAGAGUGGGAGAUUCAAUGGGAAAUUACAAGUUCAAAAUUUCAGAUAUGAUCCCAAAUGCAUGGCUGCACAAGCUCAAAGACAUGACUAAGCAGUCUAAACCCAAACACAAACCUUCUUCUUGUUCCUCAAACACUUGUAAUAAGAAGAAACCCUCCUCAGAUUCUCCUCUUCUUCAUCACUCUUCAACCUUUCGUUUUUCCAACAGCUUAGUACCAAACAGUCCUCACCGUAACUCACCAAGAAGCUCUCUUUACACCAAAAGGAAGAGUAAGAGAAAGACACUUUACAAGCUAUCUCUUAAACCAAUCACUCCUCCUUUUGCAUCUGAAAGUUCCACUCAGAGCUUGUUUCCAGCUCUUGAAAGCUCCCCUGAGUAUUUUUUAUUUAGUUUCUACGGAAAGGAGGAUGGUGAAUCCGUUGAUCCUUCCAACUUCAAGAUCGACAGAAAGGAUAAGGCUUUCACCAAGUACAAGGUCAAAGAGUCUCAUUCCACAGAGAAAACUUGUCCCGCAAGUAACCUAAUCAAGAAACCAAUAAGAUGCCAUCUUUCUGUGAAGAUUAAUAAAGAGAAAGAAUAUGAUGAAUGCAGAGCAGAGAAGAGAUACCAAAAUCAAGUUCCCAGUGGAAGAAAAUCGUCUUCAGGGAUAAACCUCAGAAGAGUAACUUCACCAAGAAUUCAACUCUCAGGUAUGCGUCGAAGCACGUCGAGAUCAGAGAGCAAACAAGUUGUUCUUGAGAGUUUUGCAGUGGUGAAGCGUUCCGCUGAUCCAAAGAAAGAUUUCAGAGAAUCGAUGGUGGAGAUGAUAGAAGAGAACAACAUAAGAGCUUCAAAAGACUUGGAGGAUCUUCUUGCUUGUUACCUUUCCUUGAAUCCAAAGGAGUAUCAUGAUCUUAUCAUCCACGUUUUUGAGCAAAUCUGGCGUCAAUUUACAAAAACAAAGUAAAAAAAAAAACCUCUUAAUAUAAUGUUAGUUAACGUCUGGUAACAUUAGUCUAAGUACCAUUCUGUCUUGUGACAAUUCUAGUUGUUGUUGAUGUUCAUUAAGAGGUUAGAUGAAACUGUGGAGAUACUUCUCUCUAAUUAAUAGAAACAAAUAAUAAAAGUAGUUAUCAUAUUGUCGUUUUAA